UGAACGUUGACCUUAAGUUAUUUAUUCACCACAGAAGAGAAAGAACAGGACAAAGUCAGCCACAAAAUUUUACUUAAGUAAGUGAUCCCAUGAUGGUGCUGUUGAAUCAGUUCUUCACUGUCCUGCUGCUGCAGCUGCAUCUGCUCAGUGGAUCUGAGGCUGCAGAUCCACAGACUCUCAGCUGUCCAGCUCCUCCUGGAGUUCCAGGCACUCCUGGACACAACGGCCUACCUGGGAGAGAUGGCAGAGACGGUAGAGAUGGAGCCAUUGGACCAAAAGGAGAUCAGGGGGUGCCAGGCCUUGGUGUGCAGGGAGCUCCAGGUAAAGCAGGACCACAAGGUCCAUCUGGUCCAGAAGGUCCAAAAGGAGAACCAGGUGUGCCAGGAACAUCUCACAGUGGUCUGAUUAGCUCUCUCCAGGAGGAGCUCAGGAGUCUUACAGCCAGGCUGGCCUAUAUGGAGAAGGCUGGAAGAUUCAGUGUGUUUGUGAACGUUGGGCACAAAUUCUUUGUGUCUGAUGGCGAAACAAAGACAAUCAGUGAAGGUGGGAGGAUCUGCCAGAAGGCUGGAGGAAAGCUGGCCUUGCCGAGAAACGAAGAGGAAAACCAGAAGCUUUCUGGAGCACUUCGAGCAUUCGGUUCAGCCUACAUGUUCAUUGGGGCAAAUGAUCAAGUGAAUGAAGGUCAAUUUGUGGAUACAGAGGGGAGAAAUUUAGAUUACCUUAAAUGGAACACAGGAGAACCAAACAGUUAUGGAGGAAAUGAGGACUGUAUUGUAAUCAACACCAAUGGAUUUUGGCUUGACACUAGUUGUGAGAAGUCUUUUCUCAUAGCGUGUGAGAUAACUGAAUAGUGUGUUAUUUAAACUUAACAUUACAAUCAGUCAGACUUCCUAUAAACACUUGGAAGAGGUAUGAAUAAACUUGACUUCAUUUA